ACUAUGGGAGCAACGGUACUAAUUACCAUUUGUCUUCUCAUAAGUCUGCCACGAGUUUUCUCAGGUACAAAUUUUACCAGUCUAUCAUGUGGUUCUCCAACAGGAACCAAGUUUAAAGACAAAGAAACAGGCAUUAGUUACAGUUCCGACGCCGAGUUCAUAUCUACUGGUGUCGGGAGCAAGAUUAAAGCGUUGUACCAGAGCAAAACAGAGCAAAAACACUGGUACUCCCGGAGUUUCUCAAGGGGUUUGAGAAACUGUUACACGUUUAAUUUGGCCACUGGAGAAAGGUAUCUAAUUAGAACAACUUUCUUACACGGANAAAAAAAAAAAAAAAAAACUAAACAAAAGGCUGAGCAACCGAAUAAAAUAUAA